GGGCUGUUUUUGCGGCAUUAGUGUGCUGUUUCACCAGUUUGUCUUUUGUUUUUGAACAAUAUUCGUGAAAUUUUCUGUUGGUCUGUUUGAGUGGUUUGUUUUACUUUGAUUCAUGAAUUUUGCCAGAGUAUUUUGAAGGUUCAAGCUGUGUUUGUUGAUUAAAACAUUUUUGAUAAUUGGUCUAAUCUGAUAUUGUAUAUGAAACGAACGAAAAAUGGCAAAGGACAUAGUCUUGAGAUUUAUGAAGGCUCAAAACAGGCCCUUCAGUACAAAUGAUGUGGUCUUAAAUCUCCGCAACGAGCUAGGCAAAACCGUGGUGCAGAAAGCUUUCGAUCAGUUGGUGAACGAAGGCAAACUCCUUGAAAAAGUUUAUGGGAAACAGAAAAUCUAUUGUGUUGCCCAGGAGCAGAGUAAAAAUGCCGAAGAACUGCUGCGAAUCGACCGGGAGCUUCAGGCUCACGUUAACGAAGUUGAAGCUAAGCAGCAGGAACUCGAGAAGGAAGUGCGGAUUCUGGAGGCUAGUCUUUCCGGUUUAAAGUCUAGCAUCACAUUAGACGAAGCUCGAUUGCAGAGAUCACAAUUGAAAAUUAGGGUUGAUACUUUGGCUCAAAAAUUAGACGAACUGAUGGAAGCGACGGGCUCAGAAGACUUGACCGCAACGAAAAAGAAGGUCGAGGAUUCUUUAAACAUACGCAAACGCGAAUAUGGAAAAAGAAAACGAAUUGUCACUGAAAUUAUAGAUUGUAUUCGGGAAAAUUAUCCAGGCAGCAAAACUGAACUCUAUGAGGAAAUUGGAAUUGUUGAGAAAUUUGUGUAAUACAAGUGUUCUUCAUUUCAAGUUUAAAAAACUAAGGGCAAAUUUUUAUUGAUACAUGAAAAAACGGUUGAAACUUGAAUUUAAUAGUUUAGUUUCACUUUUUUGUUUGUGUUU